CACACAGGAAAAUGUUCUCGGUUUGUGAGUAUUUUUCUGAUGAGAAUCUUAUUUCACCGCCAGUCGAAUAAUUAUUAUCGGGCUGUUGUGAUUGAUAAAUGAUUGUCGUUACUUUGUUCGUACAAUAGUUCUGAAACAUGAUAAGUGAACGGUGAAGAACGGUAAAUCAGUCAUAAACUGAGUGAUGUGUAUUUCAAGUGGAGAGUGGUGAUUGAUUUGAUGAAAUUGUUAACACGAAAUUUCUCAAUUUAAUGUUACGUGAACUUGCUAUAAGCAUUUCGCAUUUUACGCGACAAGUUGCUGUUCAAAAACAAUUUCUCGUGAACGGAGAAAAUAAUCCUAAAGUUUCAAAAAUCCGAUGAAAAGUUCCUAUUUUGUGAACCUUUCGUUACAUGUUACGAAAAUGCGAGUAAAUUUAUCAUUUACACCUUACAACAAUCACCGUUCAUCAUCUCGACUAUUUUCGUAUACAUUUGGUAGCAACGACAAACGAAUAAAAACUGAAAUUCAAAUAAAUCAAAAUCAACGAAACACGAAAGAAAAAGGUGUCGUCAUAUAAACGAAAAAGCCUCAGGUGAUUAUAUCUUGUAACCAUGUUAACAUAAGACUAAAAAGUGAUAAUUUUAGCCGUACACGUCAGAAUGCAAAAUUCUAAAAUUGGACUGAAAGCUGAGUUUUAAUAAAAGAGUUCAUUGAAGACAGUUGUGUAGACAGUUAAAGUGACAAAAAUUUUUAAUUCUUAUUAUCAUGACAAAAAACGUCGAUAUCGUCAGUGAAAUAAUUGGUGAUUGGGGACCGUGGCAAUUUCGUUCUGUUGCCUUAAUAUACUUAUGCAAAAUACCGUCUGCAUGGUUCAUGGCCUGCAUAAUAUUUACAGCACCGAUUCCUAAACCGAUUGAAGUGGCUUGCAAUCAACCACAAACUCAGACUACAUUCCAUCAGCAUUCCUGGCAGGCAUCUAAUAUUACCGACAAAUACGCUGAGGUCCCGACAGAUUUUUGUUUCCAAUUGAACCGCACAUCGCCAGACACACGAUAUUAUGAAGAGGAAGAUGAUCGAGAUUCUGUGCCGUGUGAAUCGUUUCGAUUCACCACACCGUUUGAAACGACAGUCACUAAAUUCGGUUUGGUCUGCGCACGGUCAAUUCUUAUAGCGACCUCUCAGUUCUUUCAUUUGUUCGGUGUAUUGACGGGAGGGAUUCUGGCCAUUAAGCUAAUGGAGACAACUAGUCCUCGCACUCUCAUGCUUCACGGAAUGGUUUUUCAGAUAAUUUUUGGAUGCUUCGCUGCAUUGUCCGUCAACUACGAAAUCCAUAUGCUAUUGAGGUACCUAGCAGCCGUGUGUUUGGCUCAAAUGUACACAGCUGGACAAGUGAUAUUCACCGACAUAACCGGCAGCAAAUACCGAUCCACUUCAGUGUGCUUUUUCGAAACCUUUUGGUCGAUUGGAGUCAUUCUACUGCCUGGCAUUGCUUUCAUCGACCCAAAUUGGUACAGCAUUUCCCUGUUGAUAGCACUGCCUACCAUUUUUUACAUUCCGAUCUGGUGGUUGAUACCAGACACACCAAGAUGGUACCUGGCAAAAGGACAGGUCGACGAGGCUGUGGACAUUAUCAACUACGCUGUCUCAGUAAAUAACACAAAACAUCUCAUAUCGGAGGCGGAAAUACGUCAACGCUUGUUCAAUCAUGUCUCGUCAAAUGAAAAACAAGCCCCACCGCCAAAAUGGCAUUCGUUGUGGAGCGAUAGUCGAACGGUUGUGUCAAUAUUAGCAGCACACAUUGCAUGGGCCGUUUAUGUUACAAAUUACAAUGGAAUGCUACUGAAUGUGAAAGCUUUCGGACGAGAACAUCUUUCGUUAAACACAGUUUGUCUUGGUUUCAGUGAGAUAGUUGGCGUUUUCAUUGGAUAUUCUUUGAUAGCUAAUUGUAAGAAAAAGUGGCAGUACGCUGGUAUGUUUAAUAUAUUUGCUGGAUCAUUUGCCUCGGUCGGUUAUUUCUAUCCCAGUUCAUUACCUCCAGACACGAAAGUCGGUCUGCUAAUGCUAACCGCAAUCAUUCCGAAAAUCGCCGUGUCCUGUUCUCAAUCCAUCUUAUUCACCUGCACUGCUGAACUGGUGUCGCCGGACAAACGAAAAAUUUUAAUGUUCUCGUGCGUGGUAUGGGCAAGGAUUUGUCUAUUGUCAGCUCCCUACAUCGGCACUCUAUUAGAGAUUCAUCAAGUGUUGCCGUUAAGUGUGUUCGGUGGGCUGAGCGCGAUUGGAGGCGUGUGCACGUGUUUGAUAAGAACAUCGAAAACUUUUGAAACACAAGCAGAUGCUGAGAAAGAAUUACCAACAGCCUGUGAGCCACGCAGAAUAUUUACGAUUGAGAAACUUUAAGGAGGAGGUGUCGUUUUGUUGCUGAGAGAGAGAGAGAGAGAGAGCUUCAAACAUUCCGAUAACUCGUUGUAGCUUCUGUGAAGCUGCCGAUCUUGUAACAUUAUUCAGUGAAAGCAUAUAUAUUCAGUACUAACAGUUUCAAAGGAAUUAUGGAAAUUUUUGGCCUACGUAUUCCUAGUGAUAAUAAUGGUUCUACGCACUACGCCUAUGCAUAGAUAGACUUAGGGUGGAAUCGCACUUCACUGUUUUCCGUCUCCGUUUAGAUAUUGCGCAUGCGCACAGAGAGAAUUCUCUCUCUGCGCAUGCGCAUUGCCUAAACGGAGACCCAAAACGGUGAACUGCGAUUGCAGCUUUAGGUAUACAAUCGCGCUUUCAUGGUGGUAAAAAGAGGUUGGUUUAGACUAUCUAUUUGACAAACUAGAUUUAAUGUCCUCCGAUUCGUAUUGAUCGGACAGGAUGAUUUACUUAUAUUGUCGCAUACAUCCAAUAGAGUGGGAUAUGAUAAGCUUAUUGUAAUUUUUAUGUAUUGACAAUAAAACACUUAAGUAAAUUAA